AUGCCAUCAACUAACAGUACUUCCAACAACUACUAUGAGACAGCUGCAAAUGUGCCAACAGUAGACAUCUCAGAGCCGAUUCAGUGCUUCAAGAGGCAUGAGAAGUUUUCCUUCCGGGCUGCAGUGGACUUUGUCGCCAUGGCCAUCAAGGCAAUGUUCCCUGUGUAUCUAGGAAUCCGCAUCGAUUAUCCAUUCAUUCCAGGGUAUCUCAAGCACCACGGUCUCUACUACUUCACAUGGGUUGGCACGAUCCUUGCUGCUGAAAUUGUUUUGAACAAUUUGAUUGAUUGGAAGACAGUACUCGGAACUGAUUGGCUCCCUGGGACCAUGUUCUUCAUGGCAGGAUGGCUCUUCUACUACGUUGGACUAUCCUUGUGGAUGGUUGUGGUGAAAGUGCCUCUUCGUGAGAAAGUUGGCAGGGCCAAAUUCAUCAUGAUCUCUGAGGUUUUCUUUUCUGUCAUGUGGGCUUUCAUUGGCUGUGGGUUCCGUGCCUUCUGUCAAUCCGUGGGGACCAUUCCUUUUCCAGAGGCAAUCCCAGAUGUGGCGUCGAACCUGGUUGGAUUCAUUUUGUGCCAGACUGGCUGGUUCUUCAAAGGAUGGGCCUGCACUUUAACGGGCUACAACAGUUACUUUUUGCGUGAUAUGUUGCUGGAUACACCCAACUCUCAUUUUGUGGAAUCAUCACUCUACAAGUAUAUUCAUCAUCCAACCUAUACUGCUGGAUAUGUGCAGAUACUAGGAGCGGCCAUCUAUUAUCGCUCUGUUCCAGGGUGCAUUGCCUACUGUUGUAUCCAAGCCUGCAUUCUUCUGUUUGUUCAUUUUGUGGAAGAGCCAUUUAUUGACCGCACCUACAAGGCAUCAAAUUAUCCUGCAGGAGUUGAGGUGGGCGAGGGGAAAAAGAAGAAGAAGAAGUGA